CCGGGCCGGGCAGCAGCGGGCAGCGCCACGCCGCGGGGCGCCGCCGCCUCCUGAGCCGCCGCGGCAGCAUGCGGCCCCCGGCCGAGCCCCGCAGCGUCCCUCCUCUCCUCCUCCUCUUCCUGAUGAAUUUUGUGCCAUCUUUUGGAAAGGAGACAGUACGGAUAACAGCAGUUACACCGCAGUUUGGAAAAAAGAUGGAUUCUGUGGACUUCAUUCAUUUAAAUGUUUUGGAUAAGAAAGUCCUUAACAGUUCUGAGGUUUAUGUUCAAUAUUUAUGUUCUAAGCCUUGUAUAAUUAAUUUGGAAGCAGUAGCUUCCUCAGAGUUCAGGACUGGUGUACCAGUAUACAGAAGAAGGUGGAAGGAUGAGAAGAAUAUUGAUGUUCGUCAAACCCGACAAAUACAUUUGAAAUUUCCAAGCAUCAUGGUUUACAGAGAUGAUUACAUCAUCAGAAACUCAAUAAUAGUGCACAGUGUGAUAUUAUAUGCAUGGAUUAGUCACCAAUCAGUUAGCAGCUACGAUGUUGAGCAGAAUGAAAGCUACCAGGAGGCAGUUGCCAAGAAUUACACUUUUUUAGAAGCAGUUCCACCUUUUGAACGCCCGUAUAAAGACCACAAAGUCUGUCUUCAGUGGGGUGCUGACUAUUUGUGGAUGCUUCAGGCAAACAAGAUACCUCAGUGCCCUCAUGAAAGCGAUGGUGUUCAGAUUCUCAACUUCAUAUAUGCUUCCAGUGGGGAGAAGACAGGAAUUGUGAAGAGAUUUGAACGAUUUGAAAACAGAGAACUUGAAACAGUCAGACAACAUCAGAUUGAUUAUCCAAUGUUCACUGUUUCAAUCUGGCUAUACUUACUGCAUCACUGUGAAAAGGAUCUGUGUGGUAUACUCUAUUUUAUUGAUCCAAAAGAGAUGUACAGUACUCCCGCUAUAUUUCUAAAUGAGGAAGGUUAUGUGCAUGUUCAGAUGCACCUCAUUAGAGGAGAUGACCUUGCAGUAAAAACAAGCUUCAGCCUUCCUCUGAAGCAGUGGUUUCGACUGGAUCUCUCUUUCAAGGGUGGACAGGUAGAAGUAAGCAGCGUUGGGAAGAAUUUGAAAAGACAACACCACCAGUCUUUUAUUUUCAGGGAAGAUUUCUACUGCGAUGACACUGCUGGAUAUUUUGUCCUUGGAGGCAGUGGAUAUGUAAAUGGUAUUGAAGCAUUCUUUGGACCUGUGAAGUACUAUCGUCUUAAUGUCUUGGAAACAGACCAGAUUUCUAACCCUCUGCAUGACAAAGAAACAGUGGAACAAAUUGAACACUACUACGAGAGAUGUAUGGACAUUCAAGAUAUAGUUUAUGAGUACAGUCAUAUUGUAAGGAAAGCCCAACUAUCACAAAGAGCUUGUUACUCUGAAAACUAUUACUUAGAGCAGCUUCACAAAUACAGAGGAAAGCCUACAUGCGACGCCUUCAUAUGGAGAAAAGAGCUCAGGGAAAAGUACCACACCUUGUUCAGACUGUUGCAAGAGAUGGAUUUCAGUGCUCCAGUGUCAGAAGAGGAAAGUGAUACAGUUCUAGAAAUAGGCCAGAGGAUAUUUGAGAAGAUCGCAAAGAAUUUAUCAAGUCCUGAUGGCCUGAGCAACGUGGGCUCCUCCAUCCCUUUCUUGGUGGACUCCAGUUGCUGUGGAUACCAUAAGGCUUCUUAUUUCCUUGCAGUUAUAUUUGAAACAGGGCUUGGUGUGUCUGUGGAUCAUGCAAAGGGACUGCUGUACAGUUUGGUCGGGGCUCAGGGGAAUGAGAGACUUUCUGUGAUGAAUCUUGGCUAUAAGCAUUACCAAGGCAUUAAUAACUAUCCACUUGAUUUGGAGCUGUCAUAUGCUUAUUACAGUAAUAUUGCAAUAAAGACCUCCUUGGAUCAACACACUAUAAAAGGGGAACAGGCAUUUGUUGAAACUAUAAGGCUAAUGGAUGAUGAGCUGCUUAAAGCUCAAACAAAAGAAAACGGCGAUGUCUUUAUGUGGUUAAAACAUGAAGCAACAAGAGGAAAUGCAGCUGCACAGCAACGAUUGGCUCAGAUGCUGUUUUGGGGCCAACAAGGAGUGGCAAAAAAUCCUGAAGCAGCAAUAGAAUGGUAUGCAAAGGGUGCAAUAGAAACAGAAGAUCCAGUGUUAAUAUAUGAUUAUGCCAUUGUGUUGUUUAAGGGCCAAGGUGUGAAAAAGAACACAAAACUUGCUUUAGAGCUGAUGAAGAAAGCGGCAGCCAAGGGCUUGCCCCAAGCAGUGAAUGGACUGGGAUGGUAUUACCACAAUUUUAGAAGAGACUACAGAAAAGCAGCCAAGCACUGGUUAAUUGCUGAAGAAUUGGGAAAUCCAGAUGCAUCCUACAAUCUUGGUGUCCUUUAUUUAGAUGGGAUUUACCCUGGAGUACCCAGUAGAAAUCAAACAGUAGCUGCACAAUAUUUCUAUAAAGCUGCUCAAGGAGGACAUAUAGAAGGGACUUUACGAUGUUCUCUGUACUACAUCACAGGAAAUAUGAAAGAAUUCCCCAGAGAUCCAGAAAAAGCUGUAAUCUGGGCAAAGCACGUUGCAGAGAAGAAUGGUUACUUAGGUCAUGUCAUUAGAAAAGCACUCAAUGCUUAUCUGGAACUUUCGUGGCAUGAAGCUUUGCUGCAUUAUGUUCUAGCAGCUGAAACUGGGAUUGAAGUGUCACAGUCAAAUUUAGCACACAUCUGUGAAGAAAGACCAGAUCUAGCAAGGAAAUACCUAGCAAUUGAUUGUGUUUGGAGAUACUACAAUUUCUCUGUGUCUCAAAUCAAUGCACCCUCAUUUGUUUAUUUGAAGAUGGGAGACUUCUACUACUAUGGUUACCAGAACCAGUCUAAAGACCUUGAUCGGUCAGUGCGGAUGUAUGCACAGGCUGCAUUAGAGGGAGAUUCACAGGGUUUCUUUAAUUUGGCCCUUCUCAUAGAAGAGGGUAACUCCAUACCUUCCUACAUUCUGGAUUACUUGGAAAUUGAUCAGGCAUUGCAUUCUGGUAAUACUUCACUUCUUCAGGAACUUUAUUACAGGUGCUGGAACCAUAGUAACCAAGAAUCAAUUAGCCCAUGCUCAUUAGCAUUGCUUUAUUUCUACACAAGAGUUUUGUGCAACAAUAUUUUACAAUCUACUUUGAUAUAUUUCAUGGGAACCUUUCUUCUAUCAAUUCUGGUUGCAUUUUCAGUACACUAUUUUCAGGCUCUAUCUGCCAGUAAUUCUCCUGGAACAAGAUCACAACCGUCAUUGGCUGAGCCUUCCUCAGGGAACAGCAAUGAGGAUGCUACAAGACCAGUGCAACAAGAUGAAUCUACUUUAUCAAAUGAUUUAGCGCAGCAGGAGUUAAACCCUCUGAAUCCUCUUGUUACCAGCUGAGGUGUAUUCUUCUUAAGGCUCUACAGGAAUACGGAAUAUGAACCACCACCAACCUAAGUACUGGCAACCAACCUUAUUAGUAACAUUAAUAAUACGGCCCAACAUCCAAAAUUACAGGGAAAUCCACAGAUCUAAUUAUUCUAGUAGAAAACCACCCCUAUAAUAACUUUAACACUCCAAACAGGGAAUACAGCUUAUCUUACUAUACCCAACAAAUGAUCUUUGUGUAUUUUAUUGAAGGACUAGAAGACGACAAAGUCAAUACCUAACUGAUGCAAAAACUCCCCCUUGGUUUUGAUGAAGCAAAUAUUUUGCUCGCAUAUCUAAUAACUUACUAGAUAAGCUCAAAUGCAGUAAAGGUCACUUUACUGGUAUAAUUACUGAAGUUUUCUGAGUUGGAAGCAUGGAAAUGAUAAACAAGUGAAACUCAGCCACUACUGCUUUUCAAGUUCCGUGCCACACCAGCCAGGAAUUUGGUACUCGUAACAGUUUCUUGUGGGUGGUUUUUUUUUUUUUGGACACCUUAUAUUCCGUCCCAAUUCUUCGGUGCAGAAAAUAUUCUCUUUUGAAAAAUAAACACUGGGGGGAUUUGCAAUGCAGUCAUAAUGUAGUAGUACUACUGGCUAACCCUUGAAAUGUCAAAGUUUCAUGAGUGUCAGCAAUUUCCUAGGAACACAACAGUUAAUAUUUCCUCCACCCAAGAGAUAUUGAUUGGAGAAAGUAGAGUCCUUAAUGGAUAAAUAAGAGAAUAUUCAAGUGCACCAGGUGACAUGAAAUGAGUGAACAAUUCAUUUUCUUGAGUUUACACAGGUAACACUCAAAAGGAUUUAUUUCAGAUUCUACAGUAACUCUUAAAAGAUACCUCUUUAAAUGACAUUUUGAUUAAACACUAGAUGGAAAAUAUGGAUAAUAAGAAUAUGGUGCAAGUGUCUUCUGUCUGAUUUAGAGCUGUGGGGUAAGUGGCUGUAGGAGAGGUCUGACUUCUAAUGCAGAUGUACAUUCACUUCUGCAAAUGUGUUUAGAUCACAGACUAUAAACUGCAUCAAUCUGCAUCAAUCUAUGCAUUACUGAGGGUUAAAUCCACUCUCCUUGCACUACGUUAUUUACGCUUGUAAAUAAAAAUAUUUUUCUAAUUCA